AUGGCGCUAGUUGCUACAUGCAGCAGGUCACUCCUCCGCGUCAGACGCAGUUCGCUGGAUCCUCUGACGAGAACCUGUCUGUUCCUCUCAACUAGCAAUGACUCAAUUUCAGCUGAGCAGGGGAAAACACAACUGAAGAAACCCUGGAGAAAAAGCCACAAGCGAUCCCCCGGGACUGGUGAACUGUCCUGGGAGGAAAGGCUGGCGGAUGCAGUCACCCCCCUGUGGAGGCUGACUUAUGAAGAGCAGCUGGAGCUGAAGCAGAAGCGUCAGGAAGGAAUCCUUUCCCAGCUCUGCCAGCAUCUGUCAAGUGACUGUCAGUCACGGCCCUCGUCAGCCGUUGGAGCUAAACCUACUUUCCCUGUCCUGCCUAUUCUGCCAUCGCCAGUCACGGAAGGCUACCGCAACAAGUCUACCUUCUCCGUGAACCGAGGUGUUGAUGGAAAUCCAAAGACUGUCGGGUUUUAUGUGGGCGCCGGCAGGAAUGGAACGAUUGUCUGCAUCAACGGGGACCAUCUCCUCAACAUGCCAGAGAAGCACAAACUGGUGGCCAGGUGCUACCAAGACUUCAUCCGCCGGUCUUCCCUGGAGCCCUGCCUGCUGUUCCACGCGGGGGGUCACUGGAGGGAGGUCACAGUGAGGACCGGCGCAGGGGGUCGCACCAUGGCCAUAGUGUACUUCCAUCCACAGGCGCUUGCUCCGCGUGAGGUGGCCGCUCACAAGGCAGAGCUCCUAGAUUACUUCACGCGGGGGCCGGGAGCUGUGUGCCAACUGGACUCGCUGUUCUUUCAGGAGAGCACCAUGACUCGCUGCGCUCACGAGGACUCCCCGUACCAGCUCCUAAAUGGGCAGGAACACAUAUAUGAGGAGGUGUUGGGCUUUAGGUUCCGCAUCUCUCCCGAUGCUUUUUUCCAGGUGAACCAGUCGGCCGCUGAGCUGCUCUACGGCGCCGUGAGGGACCUGUGUGUGCCGAGCAAUAACGGGGACGGCGGGCGAACGGGCGGCACUCUCCUGGACGUGUGCUGCGGCACCGGCGCCGUCGGCAUCACGGCCUCCCGCCGAGCGGGCAGAGUCAUAGGUGUGGAGCUCGUAGAGCAGGCAGUGGAGGACGCCAGGCACAACGCGGCGCUGAACGGCGCGCUGAACUGUGAGUUCAUCGCUGGGAAGGCCGAGGUGGUGCUGCCAGACCUCGUGACCCGGCUGAGCGGCGCCGGCGGAGGCCUCGCAGCCGUGGUCAACCCGGCCCGCGCCGGCCUGCACCCCAGAGUGGUCAGGGCCCUACGGAACCAGGCCGCCAUCCGCAGGCUGGUCUACGUUUCCUGUAAACCGGAAGGAGAGGCCAUGAGGAACUUCAGAGAGCUCUGCUGCGCUCGCGGCCCGCAGAGCAAACUCACAGGAGAGGCCUUCACGCCACGCUUGGCCGUACCCGUGGACAUGUUCCCACACACUCCUCAUUGUGAACUGGUGCUUCUUUUUGAGCGGUAGCAACUGGUUGUUUUUGAAAAACUAAUAAAAAAAGCAUUUUUUUAAUCUACCAUCAAUAAAAAAUGAAACCUUUAUGUCCA